CGGUUCAUCCAGCACCUGAGGGAUCUGGCUGGUCGGAUGUCCUCAUCUGGUGGCAGAGGAGCCGGAUUAGGAGUGAAACUGCUUCUUGGAGCUGGUGCAUUGGCAUAUGGCAUUAAAGAAGCCACCUACACAGUGGAGGGUGGUCACAGAGCCAUCAUCUUCAACAGGAUCGGAGGGGUGCAGAUGGACACAGUUCUGGCUGAAGGGCUACAUUUCAGGAUCCCUUGGUUCCAGUACCCUAUCAUCUACGAUAUCAGAGCUAAACCCAGAAAAAUCUCCUCUUUGACUGGAAGCAAAGAUCUGCAGAUGGUGAAUAUUGGAGUGCGGGUGUUGUCCAGACCCAUGGCAUCCAACUUGCCAGCCAUGUACCAACGGCUGGGGAAGGACUACGAUGAGAGAGUCCUCCCGUCUAUUGUCAACGAGAUCCUAAAGUCUGUGGUAGCAAAGUUCAAUGCCUCCCAGCUCAUCACACAGAGAGCACAGGUGUCUCUGCUGGUGCGCAGGGAGCUAUUUGAAAGGGCCAAAGACUUCAACAUCAUUCUCGAUGAUGUCGCCAUUACUGAGCUGAGUUUCAGCAACCAAUACACUGCUGCUGUGGAAGCUAAGCAAGUUGCUCAGCAAGAGGCCCAGAGGGCCCAGUUCUAUGUGGAGAAAGCCAAACAAGAUCAGCGACAGAAGAUCAUCCAGGCUGAAGGAGAGGCUGAAGCUGCUAAAAUGCUCGGCCAAGCAGUGACUAAGAAUCCUGGUUACCUGAAGCUGAGGAGAAUCCGAGCGGCACAGAACAUUGCUAAGACGGUGGCAUCGUCUCAGAACAAGGUGUAUCUUAAUGCUGAUAGUUUGGUCCUAAACCUACAAGACCAGGCACUUUUUAACAAUUUGACAAUGGGUGCAAAGAAGUGAUGAAGAGGACACGAGCUCUUGCAGAGGCUGUUGAUUUUGCUUUGUGCUACUGGAAAAAUCAACGUACAUGACUGGAAACUUGAUUUCUUUUUGGUUUUUCUUGUUUUAAUUCUCUCAUGUGUCGGAGUGACUUUCAUCAAUGAGUUGUCUAGUGAUACAUAAAGGGGACGUUAUUAAAAUCCACAUUGAAUACGUCUAACAGAUUUGUUGAAGAAAAGAUCAAAAUCCAGUUUUACCAGAGACUUUUGUGUUGAAGGAUUUAUGCAACAGUACAUAUGGAUACUUAAGAAGAUCAGAGACUUCUGUCAGGAGGAGCUCAUUGGCCUAAAACGUCUCCAAGCCGCUUGUCUAGUUUGGCUGGCGAUGUUCGUUUUACAUGUUUUAUCAAUAAAUGUUCCUGUUUCCUCUUACAGCUAUGACAUGAGAAUGUUAGCUCCAUCUACACAUGUGUGUGAGUUUAUAAUACAGCCACUGCUGCUAGCAGACCAUCUUAUGCAUUAAUAAAGUUUAUUAGGAAAAGUU